CCCGGCACCGAUUGUUGACAAAAGACGCUGCGAGACGGAGCGAAGGAGCCCGUUCCCCGGUACCGGUGAGCAGAUCUGCCCCUUAACUUGACUUCUUUCCUUGAACAGCUCGAAGAGAAGAGGAUCGGGGCGACGGGAGGGGGGUUUGUGGUGGUGGUGGUGGUGGACGAGUAUUCUUCCGCUCCUAGAAAACCGUGAGUCACAACGAGCUGCUUUGUGUCCAUAGCGGAUUGCAAGUAGCCCGACGUUAGCCGUAGUAACACUGCGGGGUCGGCCCCCUCCUCCCCGCCGCCCCCGUGUGAUCCGCUAUCAUAUGAUGUUCAUUUCUGUCUGUAGCCCCGGGCGGAUUAUGACAGCCUUCCGUCUCUCUUUGUGCCUUUGUGUGUCCCCUCUCCGGAAGGUGUGGCCGAGGUGAAUCGGUUGUCGGUGGUGGUCGGACCGCAGCAGGCCGGUGUGAAGUGGACGCCCCCUCCUCCUCCUCCUCCACCUCCGCCUCCUCUUCCUCUUCCUCUCCUCUCUUCUUAAAAAAGAAAGACACCCGUUAUUGGUAUUUACCGACAAAACCAGAAGAUGGGUCACCCAGUGUGAGUGGACGCGCCGGACCAGCGUUUCAGGAGGAGGCGGUGGCCUUGGGCAGGUCUAUUCAGCCAGGAAUGGUGUGAGCUGAGACAGCCAGGCAGUCUGGAUCUGACCGGGGACCCGUCAUUCGCCCGGAGCCUCCGCGGCUCCAAGCCGCGUCCUGAGCCCUCCAAGAUGGGGAAGUGCGAUGGAAGAUGCACGCUGCUGGUGAUAUGUUCACUGCAGUUGGUGGCAGCCCUCCAGAGGCAGGUGUUUGAUUUUCUGGGUUACCAGUGGGCUCCCAUCCUGGCCAACUUCCUGCACAUCAUGGCCGUCAUCCUGGGCAUGUUUGGCACCGUGCAGUUCCGUUUCAGAUACCUCAUCUUUUAUGCAGUAUGGCUGGUCCUCUGGGUGGGCUGGAACUCCUUCAUCAUCUGUUUCUACCUGGAGGUUGGAAAUCUGUCUCAGGACAAGGACUUGCUCAUGACGUUCAACACGUCACUUCAUCGCUCAUGGUGGAUGGAGCAUGGUCCUGGUUGCCUGGUAACGCCAGUGCUAGACUCUCACAUGGCCCCUGAUGACCACCAUGUCAUCACUGUCUCCGGGUGUCUCCUUGACUACCAGUACAUCGAGGUGUUGAGCUCAGCCAUUCAGGUCCUAUUGGCUCUCUUUGGCUUUGUAUAUGCCUGCUACAUGAGCAAAGUCUUCCAGGAUGACGAGGACAGCUUUGAUUUCAUUGGUGGCUUUGACUCUUACGGCUACCAGCCUCCUCAGAAGUCCUCUCAUCUGCAACUGCAGCCUCUCUACACGGCUGGUUAACUGUUGGUAGCGCGCCCUUCAGGCCAAACCCUGACAGUGUCACUGUGGAUGGAACGCGGCAGUCGCCCUGAUUACACUCACUUUGUGUGUCACAGUUUACCCGAGGAAUGGACUUAACCCCACCCAGAGGGAGAUCGAAACGUCUGUGUGUGUGCGCGCGCGCGUGUGUAUGUGUGUGUGUGUCUGAGUAUACAGCCCUGAAUAGAAUGUACAGAGCUCAGGGAAGAACCAGCAUGCCAGGUGGUACGAUACGAUCAACGAGAAGGAGGAGACAGGGGAGGGACAGGAGAUACAACAUACAAGAGCUGGGGACACCUCUGUCGAAUCACCGAAGACACACUUCACUAAACUGCCAGCUCUCAACACUCCCACAAGUGUGUAUGUGUGUGCGUGUGUGUAAUAUGUAUGUGUGACUGUGUAACUUCACAGGACUAGCUGGUGCUUUAUGGUUGCACCCUGGACUCUUACCACUCAGUGCCCCUGUGAAUUUUUUUUGGGGGUGCUUAUAUGUGUGCGUGCGUGUGUGAGCGCGUGUGUGGGGGUGGGAAUGUGGGUGGGGUCACAUAAUAAAAAGAGGCACGGCUCGUACCUGUUGUCGUUUUAGAAUGUGGUGAUGUCAAACUAGAGCAGUCUUACGAUUCCUGAUCCUAAAGCCAUCUUUCCCUCUUCCGUCGCAGUUAAACCCACUACUGACAUUCAAGCUUUGUAACUUACAGCCCAGACCUGCUGAGGUAAUAAAGCAGAGUCACUGGAGCACAAAGGAGGAACUGCUUUAAGGAUUAAACUGGCAAUAUAUUAUAUGUUUUGUCAUUGUCAAAAAAAAAAAAAUCCCAUGAAAAACCAAAACUAAGAAAGCGUUCAUCUGUAAACUUUCCGAACCCAUUCGUUCCUGGAGGGGUGUCACAGAUAUAUACUUCUUUUUCUAAAAAAAAAAAGGCUAAAUAAAUUCCCCAAACUUCCAGGCGCUGUAGAUUUGUAGCAAAUGGCACUUAAACUGUUUUUUUAAGCUGCUGAUUUGGUGCGCUAGUGAGUUAUUUACAGCAGCAGGAUGAUGUGGGAUUGACUCAAAUUAAACUACAAUUCCUAUGUUCACCAUAAUGAAGGACCACGUAGUACAACAGUGUGGCUCACAAAUGUGUUUUUAAUUGAGUUUGGAUUGAAUUAUUGGUGUGUUUGGUCUUAUAGGAUUUAUUUGUCAGUAAGACUAAUGUAGGAUAUCAAUUUCAGAAUUGCUGUAAAAACAACAAAUCAAAUGUCAAAUGCCAGGCUAUCUUAUUUCAACAGUCUUCAGUGUUUAUUUAGGAAAAUGAAGCGAUCUUACACUUAAUGCUGUUGAUUAGGGAUACAGAUGGCUUUGGGAUCAGGCAUUAGUGUGUCUA